AUGUUUCUCUCAAACCGGCGCUCAGCGUUGAAAUCAGUUAGUGCCGUCAUCGUCGUCGUUCUAGUCCUCGUUUUCUUCAUCUCUUCACACACCCGGUAUAUCACCAAUCCCGAGAUACUACUCUUCUCCAAUCCGCUUUUCCAAACGACCACAACUCCGCCGGAAUUCAUACCAUCGGUGACGGCAAUCCCAGAGAAGAUAUGGUACAAGCUUGACUCUCGCGGCCUCACCCAGCAAGUACGAGAACGGGUCGAUACCUGCCUCAACAAAAACCCAAGUUAUGAAUAUGAAUGCUUAACCGAUAUCUCGGGCGAUGCUUACGUCGUGGAGAAAUUUGCUCGUCGCCUAGACAUCGUCGAAGCUUUCCUCGCACUCCCGUUCCCUAUUCUCAAAGCGGAUUUCCUCCGCUACCUACUUCUCUUCAACGAGGGCGGAACCUACAGCGAUCUUGAUGUCUCGUGUAACGAGAUGACGAUCCAAGACUGGAUACCUGCGCAAUAUAAGAAGGAUGCGAGAGUUGUCGUGGGCUGGGAAUUCGACGUUGGCUGGGGCGACAGCUUUGUGCGGGAGUUUGCAACGUGGACGAUCAUGGCGAGACCAGGGUCGCCACACUUAGCUAUGGUGCUGGAAGAUAUUCUGGAGGGCUUGCAGGAGAAGACGCAAGAACAUAAUGUCACGAUCGCAGACCUGACAUGGACUAUGGUUGGCGACGUGGUAGACUUGACGGGUCCGAGGAGGAUGACGCGGAGUAUUCUUAAGAGCUUGAGAGCGACUCCCGGAAUAGACUUCAGUGAUGAGAGUAUUGCAAACCUCUCUGAGCCAAAAUUGGUUGGUGAUGUGUUGAUUUUACCAGGCUAUUCAUUUGCGUUGUCAUCAAAUCAUUACAAACUUGAGGAUACGCAGGGUCCGGCGUUGGCUACCCACCAUUUGACGGGAGUUGGAAGAAUAAUCAUGGUGGGAAGACAGUGGAGACGGUCAUGUAAUAACUUGACAAUUUUAAUGUGGAAUGGAGUAGGUUAUCAGGCCGGAACAAUACAGUCGGAGUUCAACUGUUCAAGUCACGGAUUGUAUACGCUGUUUCCACAUCACCGUGUAGGGUCAGGAAUUAACAGAUAA